AUGGCAUCUAGCGUUAUUGCUGAGAUCGAUAGAUGUAAUAUUGGAGAUUCCAGCAUUUGCACCACUGCAUCAAUUACCAACGUAAGGCAUCUAUCGUCCUACAACUGGAUUGAAAGGCCCACUGCCACGAUCGCUGUCCCGGGGAGCCCACCUCUCUGGUCAGCCCCUAAGGCCCCCAAACAGCUCCAAAAGGACUCGGGCUUAUAUUACAUAAAUCAGAACCAAGCUCGUUAUCCAGAAAGCCCGCUUGAGCCGCUAUUCCGCGCUUUAUACCUCACAAAUCCUUCUUUCGAUAUCCGCUCUGUUGAUGUUGUAACCGAUCGAAACAACAUCCGCAAGCUACUCGCCUUCAUCAAUUCUGAUUUGGCCCCUGGCGAUCUUGAGCCAUUUACCAUAGGGGUAGAGGUCAUCGGGACGACCGCAUUGUUUCGCCGAGAUGAGACGUCGGUUACUAGGUUUAUUGCGCAAGAUGAGUUUCGCGGCUUUGGUCAUGAAUUUGAAAAAGAAUACACCAUCGAGCAGGUCAAUAAUAGCACUGGCCACCACAGGAUCAUCGCAUAUCGAUUUGGUGGCCUACACUUCGUUGUACGCUACGAAGCCGACGGAUACGUGGCUACCGAUAAGACCGAUUCAGUAAAAACCGAAAGUCCACAAGAGGACCCUCUACUGGCCGUCAUGAGAGGUUUAUCUUUGUCGCCAGCCACAGGCGUCUCAAACGUCAAUCCUGUCACAUCGAAAUUGGCCAUCACGGAAGAUGGUCGAGUGGUGCCUCCAGAGUCAAUCCUUGAAAUCAAAACCCGAGCAACUAGCAGACCCUUGCCCAUACAGGAAGUUGCAGCACAGCUCUGGGUAUCCCAAACUUCAAAGCUUGUGCGAGCAUAUCACUAUCGAGGGAAGUUUCAAGUAUCCCAAGUCGAGGACGUAGAAGUUCACAUCAAGAGAUGGGAAGAGCUUAACCAGAAUGACCUGAAGCGGUUAGCGUCACUAAUCAAAACAAUCUCCAACUUGGCUAGGCAAUCUGGCGGGAAAGCUACCGUUAGAUAUGAAGGCGGAAGCAAAUUGUUACUUUACCGGGCCGAUAAGGGAGACAUGUUGCCUCACUUCUUGUAUUCUAAAUGGGAAGAAAGAGGCAAUACGCAAGCGACGACGAUAGUGAGCACACAUGAAGAAGCAGAGGUGUCCGACACACUCGACCGAGGUCAAGGGAAGACCAUAGAAACGACGGGAGCCAAGUACGGCGAUGUACCUUACUCCGAAGUGAUCAGCUACGGGAUAGAUAAGGGAUUUCGACAGUUUUUUCGCCGCAUGCCCAUGCAGCUCUCCCAGUAUCAUCUUCUUUGCGACACCCUCGAUUCUCUUGCUAUCGAUGUCACUGACGGCCGCACCAUUCGUGACAUCAUGUACGACAUGAGGAGAGGUAAGGACGAGUGGGAUCCAGAGGAGAGAAGAGAAAUCAGGGGAUUCAAGAAUAUCGCACGAGAUUCGGCCUUUCGACUUUUGUACGUGUUUCUGCAGUCAAACAUUGUGGACACCAACAUGGCGUACAACGCGGCAUUAUUUGUGGUUUCACACCGUCGGAUAUUUAGAUCCAGAACUCGAAAGAUGGUGAGGGAGGCUUUGGAAGAAAAUUGUCCAGUGUCAGCAAAACAGCGAGCGGGUCUGAAUAAGUGGCCUGUCGAAGAGUCCUCCACUACGGGAUCAGAAGAAGACACGACGACAGAGUCUGAAGACAUCUUUUUCGACUCUGACAGUUCUUUCUGA